AUGUCGAGUAGCAGGGAUCGCCGUGUCAUCAAGGAGCUGCAGGACUUGACAGAGGACAAGGACAACUCGGGCAUCCACGCCUCUCCCGUCAACGAGUCACUCACUCACCUUCAAGGCUGGUUCCAUGGCCCCGGAGACACGCCAUAUGCGGGUGGCAAGUACUUUAUUCGGAUUACGCUCGACGGCCAAUAUCCAUUCAAGCCUCCGCAGAUGCAGUUUGAAACAAAAAUCUGGCAUCCAAAUGUUUCCAGCCAGACGGGCGCAAUUUGUCUCGACAUCCUCAAAACAAACUGGUCACCAGUUCAGACUAUAAAAACGGCGCUGCUUUCUAUUAGAAUGCUACUCGAAAAUCCCAAUCCGUCGGAUCCGCAGGACGCCGAAGUUGCCAACAUGUUAUUGACCGAACCAGAUGCUUUCGUUGUCAUGGCUCACGACUGGGCUGUUAAAUAUGCUGGCGCUCCCCUACAGCCGCGACUAAAUACAGCGAGAUUCAACGGCUUGGCUAGGGUACAACCCCGGGGUGAAGAUCAACGCCAUUAUCUUGGAUACCACCGAGCGUUGGUUGAAAGAUUCACAAGUAUGGGCUUUGAAGUUGAUAGAGUCGUGGAAACAUUGGUGUAUUUCGGUAUUGAUCGCAACAACGGCAGAGAUUACCAAUUGACAGAUGCGCAAGUCGGUGACAUUACUGCACGGCUGCUUGGCGAGCAGUAG